UCUGGUUUCUCCUCUAGCCUUCAGAGCUCGGCUGAAAAUGUAUGUGUAGGAGGCGGGGCGGUGAGUUGACACGUCAGACGGUUGCUGGGAGCUACAGUGUGAGGAGGAGGAAGGAGAAGAAGGAGAGUGAAUGGAAUGGUUCGGAGACCGAGUGUGCGGGAAGAAGAGGUGUAACACACAGACCGUCCCGUGAGGUUGGAAGGAGAGGCGAAAGCCGCUGAGGAGAACUCAUGUAGUGCUUGGAGUCGGGGUACCUGAGGAACCUGGGAAUUGCAAGGCUGAACCAGAGUGAUGUAGAGUAUAUCCUGGCACAUAGAGGACCGAGGGAAGUGCAGCUCAAUGGAGAGUGGACUGAGUGGAGACGAUUUUUUGUUAGAGAGGAAUUUAAAAGUAUUCCAAUUUACGGGAUACCUGGGAAAAGGGCAGUUGUUGGGGGGUGCAGAGUGAAGGUGUGGGGGAAGUAGAUGUGAUUUGCAGGGAGAACUGAGCAGAGUACAGUUUGUGGGUGAAACUAGUUUGAAGGGGAGGACAGGGACACUGGGCACAGAAAAAGGACAAGGGGAACCUGAUAUUGGGGGAGAAAUUAUGAAAAGAGUGUAGAUUAAAAUAGUAAAUUAAAAGGGUGGCUUUAGGGCACAGGGUACUAAGAAGAGGGCAGCUCAUAGGGAGACAAAGCCUGGUAUUUAAAGCAACCCCCAGCUCCAGUUUAGAAUUUAGGAGACCUGGGCACACACUGUGUUGAAAUGACUAUCCCAAACUGACAACAGAAGACCAUUCUUCUACCUGCGACUUGGAGCCUGAGGCGAGUGUCCUCAGACAGUGCAUUUGGACUUUGGUUGCAAUGAGACUAUCUAUGUUUCUGUCUCUGUUGCGGCCCGCCGGGCCCGUGGUGGUGGGCAUCUCAUUAGGCUUCACUCUGAGCCUGCUAAGUGUAACAUGGGUGGAAGAGCCAUGCGGCGGAAGCCUGAGGUCUGGUGGGUCAGGAGCAAUAUCAGACGCAGUUAAUGACAGGAGUAAUGUCAACGCAGCAAGGAAGCCCAAUUCAGUCCCUGCUGGCAUGGAAAAUGCUGAGAACUUUGAACCAAGGAUAAUUCCCUAUACUCCGCCAGACCCCCAGAAAGUUCAGAAGAAACCAGUCCGGUCUCGGUACAUAAGUACAGAACUUGGCAUCAGAGAGCGCCUGUUUGUGGGGGUCCUGACAUCAAAAAACACUCUGAAUACUUUGGCAGUUGCAGUGAACCGGACACUUGGACACAGACUGGAAAAACUGGUGUACUUCACUGGCAUGCGUGGGCGUAAACUGCCCCAUGGGAUGUCAGUGGUUACCCAUGGAGAUGAUCGACCCAUUUGGAACAUGUAUCAGACCAUGAAACACCUACUGGAUAAUUAUAUCCAUGAGUACGACUGGUUUUACCUGGUGCAGGAUGACACGUACACAGAGGCUCACCGUAUUGCUCGCCUGGCUUCUCACCUGAGCAUAGACGCAGACCUGUACCUGGGGCGGCCAGAGGAGUUCAUUGGGGGUGACACUGAGGGGAGGUAUUGCUAUGGAGGAUUUGGUUACUUACUGUCACGUAGCCUUCUCAGAAAACUGCAGCCCCACCUGGAGAACUGCCGAAAUGACAUCCUGAGCGCCAGGCCUGAUGAGUGGCUGGGGAGAUGCAUCAUUGAUUACACCCACGUGAACUGUAUGGAGGAGCACGAGGGUAUACGCUACCGUUACUUUGAGCUGAGUAAGAACGCUGACCUUGAGAAAGAAAAUGACCCACAAUUUACAAAUGCUUUCACUGCCCAUCCUGUGCUGGAUCCUGUGCAAAUGUACCGCCUACAUAAACGCUUUGCCCAUCUAGAGCUGGACAGAACAUAUCAGGAGAUUGAGCAGCUGCAGAGGGAGAUAAAGAAUACCAGUAGCCUGUCUGUGGAAGGGGAGCAUUCUGCCACCUGGCCUCUAGGAAUCAAUUCUCCCUUCCAGCCACGGACACGGUUUGAAGUCCUUCGCUGGGAUUACUUCACGGAGGAUCAAACCUACUCAUGCGCCGACGGUUCUCCAAAGUGCGAGCUGAUUGGAGCUGACCUUGCAGAUGUCACUGAUGUUAUAAGCACAGCAGUGGAUGAACUGAACCGCAAGUACCAGCCAGUGUUACAUGUACGCAAGCAGCAGCUGCUGAAUGGUUACCGGCGAUUUGACCCUACACGGGGCAUGGAGUACACGUUGGAUCUUCAGCUGGAGUUGGUGACUCAGAAGGGACAUAGUCGAUCUAUCACAAAGCGUGUACACCUUGUACGUCCGCUCAGCGAGAUGGAGAUUAUCCCAAUGCCAUAUGUGACCGAAGCCAGCCGCAUCAACAUCAUCCUUCCUUUGACCGCACAAGAUCGAGAACAUGCUGCUCGUUUCCUCCAGGCCUUCACAGACAUCCAAGGCAACGAAAACUCCCUUCUGACGUUGCUUUUUAUUUAUGACCCGUUCCAAGCCCAGCAGGUCAGCCAGAAUGACAUAUUUGGCCAAGUCAAAAGUCUCAUUGCUGAAUACGAGAGAAAAUACCAUGACCUCAAAAUCCCAUGGAUCAGUGUAAAGACAGAUGCACCCUCCCAAAUGCAAUUAAUGGACAUCAUCUCCAAAAAGCACCCGGUAGACACGCUAUUCUUCCUCGCUGGUGUUGGCAGCCAUUUGAACACAGAGUUUCUCAACCGCUGCCGCAUGAACACCAUCAACAACUGGCAGGUCUUCUUCCCCAUCCACUUCCAAGGCUACAACCCUGAAGUAUCAGAGCAUGGUCAGCAGUCUCAUUCUGCAACACUGGAGCUUUUGAGAGACGCUGGGCGGUUUGACAGAGAUGUGUUUGAGGAGGCUUGCUUCUACAAUGCCGACUACAUGUCUGCCCGUUCCAAAAUGAGUGCCGACGCACAAGAAAAUGAAGAGAUCUUGGAGAUGCUGGACAUUUAUGAGAUGUUUAUUCGGUACUCUGUGCUCCAUGUCUUUCGGGCUGUGGAACCAGCGCUGCUUCAGAAUUACAGAUCAAGGUCCUGUAACCCGCGGCUUAGCGAGGAGAUUUAUCACCGAUGCGUGCAAAGCAAUGUGGAGGGUCUGGGAUCUCGAUCUCAGCUUGCCAUGCUGCUGUUUGAGCAAGAGCAAGGUAACAGCACUUGACCUAAGCUUUAGGUAUGACUGCCUCAGAUAUUGCAUCAUGGUCAUGAAGCGAUUUUAGGCUGCCUGUGUGUUAUCUCCCUUCAGCCAUGCAGGACGCUGAUGUUGACAUUAGGGGCAGACCCCAACAUUCCCUUCUUUUAGCACAAUCUUUGUGUGGUCUUGCUAUCCAUGACACUUUGAAAACCAAGACAUUGAGUCAGACGCACAGGGCCAUUCCCUUCAGCAAUGACUGCCAGCAGCUCCACAUUCCAUUGGCUGUGUGUGUGCUUGUUAGGAGUGAUACCCCAUUGCAACAGGACCUAAAAGAACAGAAUCCACUCUGAUACUUACUUGAGGGGGCAAUUAAUCAAGGAGAUACUGGUUUUGCGUGCCCUCUUCUUCACGAUUCACGGAUCUGUGAUCCUGGGAAAGCCGCAGGCUUGGCGCUUAACCUGGAACAGCCACAAUGUUCAGUAGAUUCAAUUUAGUCUCUUCUGUAGCAUUGUCUGUUUUCAUUUCCAACAUAUAUAUCUCUGUAGUGCAGGGCUGACCAUCUCAGUCUGUGGUAUAUCACAAGUGGUACUCUCCCAACUCUAUGGCAUCUCUUCCCUUUGCAGCCGCUGUGGAAUUGUGACAUGAGUAAAGGCAAUAACAGUUUCUGGGGGUGUGACACCUGAUAAAUGAUGUGAAAGCAUAUACUCAUUUAAUUCCUCAUGCUUUAUCUUGGUUGCACAUUCAAGAUCAUUGCUGGGAAUAACCAUCGUAGGUUAUAUUUUGUGCCAGCCAGUUGACACUAUUAAUUUAAUGACUCCAUGACAAAAUGAGAGAGCCACUUUAGGGAUAUGCUCCAACCCUAUAUCAAAACUUGGGGUCAUAUUUCAGCCAUGGGAUAUUCAUUUUGUACGUAUAUGGUAUGUGUGUGGGGAGCUGCCGAAUAGUGCUCACUGCUCCUCAUAAAAUGACUCUCUUGACUAAAAUGACAGCUCCUACAUGCAGAUUUAGAGAAUGAUUCUGUACUUAAUAUAGCCAAUGCCUUUAAGUGCAUAGAAUAUAUCAAUUACUUGAUGAUGAUUGUUGUUUUUUUCCAUUUAAAUGUCAACUUUAGCCCCAGAUUAAUACUUGUUUAAUAUGUGCCCAAGUUCCAAGCCUUAUGCAGGUUCAUUUACACCCUCCCUUAUUCCUAUUGACUUACCUUCUCAGAGCCACCACUCAUGCAAAUCAUGCACAUAGUGGCACUGUUUGAGCACUUUACCUGAGAUUUAAAGAGAUGCUGACACCAGAAAAUAGCCUUUUUUUAUGUCUAUCAAAACAUUGUUUUUGAAUGAUAUUUAUAAUUUUGCCAUAAAAGUAUUUUCCUAAUGCUUUUACAUUACCUUUCUUACUGAGCAGUAGCCGGUUAGCAUUAAAAAAGAGUCGGGUUUAGGAACUUCAAGUAACAAUUACUUCCAAAAGCAGAACUAUUGGCGAAAAACGAUCAACAUGACCUAUAGGUAACUUUUAAAAUAGAUUAAUAUUUUGAAAUUUUUUUUUUAAGUGUCAGUAUCACUUUAAGGAAGAAAGGAAACCCAGGAAGUGGUCUUGGGAAAUCAGGAGACUGAUUCUGCACAGAGGGCUAGCAACUGGUACAGCACCUCUGAGGAUUACUGGCAACAACCUAACAUGAAGUAUAGUUCCUAUUCUGAUAUCCUAAAGACCCUACUGUUAAAACACUACAAUGCGUGUGUGUGUGUGUGUGUGUGUCAUGGCUAAACAAUUGUUUUGUCAAAAUGGUUUUUUGUUUUUUUUAACUAACGCUUUCUAUUUGUUGCUCCCUCCAUUGCGUAGCGUUUGGCAGUGAAGAGGUUAAUCAGAAUAUUUUAGAAUAGGCAUUGGGGGGUGCAUGUGAGAAUCACAAUUCUAUGAUUGGGGAGAAAACUGAAUAAUCCGCAGAGACUCUUUUUGUAUGGUAAAUGAGACCCCACAGGCGCCUCUCAGAAGCAAAUGGUUUUUAUAUUAUAAAUAUAUUUAAUGUUUUCCUUUUAUAUGUUUUUUUUUUGUCAUUGAUUUAAAUAUUCUACUUUAAUAAAAAUGCAGGAAAGUUACAGCUUGGGUGUAACUGUGAUUGUACUUUA